AGCCCAUUUAUCCAGGUAGUCCGCGUGACACCUGAGCGGAGCUCCUCCCCAGUCCAUGGCCUCCCUUUUCCUAUAAAACGCCACUUGCCCACAUCGUAUUGCUUCCCCUCCACUCGCAACUUUCUCACCCCCUAUCAAUUGCAUCAAUCCCACCACCGUCGCCACCACCGCCACCGCCGCUGCAACCAUGGGCUCAGCCGCAGCAUAUUACUACACCGGAUGCGAGCACGACUACCAACCGCACUUCCUCGAUUCCUGCUCGCUCUGCCGCAGACCGCUCAGCCAAAACAGCGACAUCUUCAUGUACAGAGGGAACACGCCGUUCUGUAGCCAAGAGUGCAGACAGGAACAGAUAGAGAUGGAUGAGGCGAUGGAGAAGAAAUGGAAGAUGUCGUCGUCUUCCUCGUCGUCUUCGUCGAAGAGAUCGAGCGCUGUGAGACAGACCUCCGACUCCGCCAAGGAAUACGACACGAACAAAGCUGUACGGACGGGAACAGUGGCCGUCGCUUGACUCUUGAGAUUAAAGUUCACUGCAAAUAAGUAUAUAUAUAUGUAUAUUGUAUUUGAGAAGAAAUUACUGAUCACUUCCUCGAUGAAUUUCGCGAGAACUGGAGUUUGAUCUGUAGAGAGAGAUGGGUGCAGAAGAAGUCCGUACCAACAAUUUUGUUUUUCCUUUUUUUUUUAAUUUAUAUUUUUCAUCUUUUUCCCCUUUUUCUUUUUUCUGGAAUAUGGCAUCUGAUUUGUGUAUAUGGUGGGGAAGGAUUGAGAGUCCUUUAUUUGGAUGUCAUGGGAUAUCAUAUAAAUCUUGGUUAAUCA